GCAUUGUGUACAACUCGGAUGAUCUACAGCACCAAGAGCGUGUUUUCCGGCUAAAAUCAGCUUGUCAAACCGUGAUAGACGGCCCUUCCCGCCGGGUUCUGGGCCCACAACGAACAGGUACAAAAGGGCAUCGCCAAAGUCGUUAGCAUCACAUCCAAGCCAGCACUCCUCAACUCUCUCUCCCUCGUCGCUAUCAACAUGGUUCAUCUGUUGUCCAACUUGCUGAUCGGCCUCGCCCUGGCUCCGUCCGCCCUGGGCGCCACUUUGCUGGUUUCCCAUUUCAGCGGACCUGUCUACACCCUCUCCUUGACCACCAGUGGCACCACCGGCAAACUUUCCAUUACCUCGCAGGCUAGUGGCUGUGGCACAACUCCUGCGUGGCUGGAAUAUUACAAUGACACCAAGACUGCCUACUGCUUCGACGAGUCUUGGACCGGAAGUGGUGUCAUCACCCAGUACAAUGUGGGAAGCGACGGACGCCUUACUCAGUCUGGCCAAACCCGGACCAGUGGGAACACGGUCCACGGCAAGGUAUACGGAGGAUCCGAUGGAAAGGGCUUCAUUGCCACGGCGCAGUACUCCCCAUCAACCAUCACCACGUACAAACUUCCCCUCGGACAAGGCCAGGUUCAGCUUGAGAAGUUCACCAUGUCGCAACGUGGGCCGAAUUCACGUCAGGAUGUGCCCCAUCCUCAUGAGACUCAGCUUGACCCCACCGGAAAGUUCAUGCUCGUUCCCGAUCUCGGUGCCGACCUGAUCCGCAUCUUCAAGAUCGACGCCAGCACCGGCCGCUUGACCGCAUGCCCAGCUGGUCAGGCCUCGCCUGGCGACGGCCCGCGUCACGCACAGUGGUGGAAAUCCGCUGACGGCGUGCUUCGCCUGUACACACUCAACGAACUCGGCAAUUCGGUUUCCUCUUGGAAUGUGGUGUACCCCACUGACUCCAACGGUUGCCUCGCCCUCAGCAGAGCGCAGACCCUUUCCACCUAUGCUCCUGGCAAGAAGGGUGGUCCGACUACCAAGGCUGCCGAGAUUCGUGUUGCUGGCAAUUUCCUGUACGCUUCCAACCGCGCAGAUCAGACCUUUGGUUCCAACCAGGACUCAGUCGCCAUCUACACUAUUGAUUCUCAGACCGGUGCUAUCGCCUGGAAGGAAGCCGCCAACUCGUACUCUUACUAUCCUCGCACCUUUGACAUCAACAAGGACGGCACCUUGGUUGCAUUUGGUGGGCAGACGUCUUCCAAUGUAGCUAUCGUGUCGAGGGACCCUGCGACUGGCAAGCUUGGGAACUUGGUUGCUAACUUGCAGGUUGGUAAUAAAGGUAGGGCUGGUGAGGAGGAUGGUCUUAGUGCUGUCGUCUGGGUGGAGUAGUUUGCUUGGUCUGUUCCUACCGCCAAACGCCUGAUCCCCGUAUCCACCGCCAAACGCCUGAUCCGCUUUGGCACCCCCAUCAUCUGGAUAGCUGCCGAGUCGCUAGCGAGUUUGUAAAUAGUUAGAAUCAAUUAGUUUCACCAAUAACAAAGCUAUUCACACCCGCGCG